AUGCUUAAUUUUGGAAAGGUGUUGAAACAGACUUCGCACAUUUACUCAAAAACCAAGUCGUUUACCAAUCUUUACAGCUGGAUGAUCUGGAUUUUACUUCUUGCUAGUCCCACUCAAGCGAUUAUCGACUGGCUCUUCAUUAUUGGACACAUUGUAAAAAGCCCCGGGUUCAGCGCUGCGGAUAUCUUGCUCUGGGUAUUUCAAACGCAGCUUACACCUCAAAUCAUUGCGAACCGACUGGGACUUAUCAUAACAGAUAAGAAGAAAGUCAGGGUCAUGAAAUGCGCAUUGCUUGUGAUUAUUGGCAUAAUGAACGCUAUUGUCAUCUGCAUGAUAUUUCUGAUACAAGCGACCUACCCUACGCUGGGUCCACAUAUCCAAAAAUUCUACGCUCCUAUCGACAAGGCCUUUGGUCUGCUAACUGAUCUCUUACUCAACUUGGCGUUCAUAUGGAAGGUCCAUCAUGAACUGAUCGCCAACGGUCUGACAAAAUAUCGAUUGUUGUUCAAUCUCAACAUCGCUGCUAUAACACUUUCGCUGUCUAUGGAUAUCGCCCUGCUUGUCGUUGUGCUUGUUCUACCGAAUUCCUUUAUUUACACUUGUGUCCAUCCGAUAGUCUAUAGUGUCAAACUUGCCAUUGAACUGAUGAUGGCAGAUCUGAUAGUCCAGGUCACGCAAGAGCAAUAUCAAAUGCCGGAAAUUUAG